AUGUCUUCCAAUAAUGACCCUGUUACAAUCCCAAUGAUAGAAAGAAAUCCCAGUGACCUUCCUGGAAUGGACACCGGUGACCCAGACACAUUGACUGGAGAGGCUGUGUUGAGUUUUCAUAACAUCAGCUAUCGAGAGACGGUGCAGAGUGGAUUUCCAUUUCGUAAAAAAACAUUUGUGAUAGAAAGACUGUCAAAUAUCAAUGGCAUCAUGAGACCUGGCCUCAAUGCCAUCAUGGGACCUGAAGAUGGGAGCAGAUCUUGGUUAUUAGAUGUCUUAGCUGCAAGGAAAGUUCCACAUGGAUUAUCAGGAGAUAUUUUGAUAAAUGGGAAACCUCGACCUGCUAAUUUCAAAUGUACUUCUGGUUAUGUACCACAGAGUGACAUGGUGAAGCACACGGUGACUGUGAGAGACAAUAUAGAGUUCUCAGCGGCUCUUCGACUCCCAAUGACUGUAACAAGAGAUGAAAGAAGAAGGCGAAUUGAUGAAGUCCUUGAACUUCUGCAUCUGGAUAAAGUGGCAAAUGUCCAGCCUAGAUCUAAGGAGCUCAGGAAAAGGACCAGUAUAGCAAUGGAGCUGGUCACCAAGCAUCCCAUUCUGUUCUUGGAUGAUCCCACCACUGGCUUAGACUUGAGCACUACAAUAGAUGUCAUCUCGGUCCUGAGAAGGAUGUCCAUGAGGGGACGGACAAUCAUCUUCUCCAUUAAUCAGGCUCAGUACUCCAUCUUCAGAUUUUUUGAUAGCCUCACCUUAGUGGCCUCAGGAAAAGUCAUGUUUCACGGCCCUGCACAAGAGGCAUUGAAGUACUUCACAUCCACAGGUUACAAAUAUGAUUCCCACAACAACCCUGCAGACUUCUUCCUGGACAUCAUUAAUGGAGGUUUCUCGGCUAUAUUAGACACAGAGGAAGAUGGCCAUGAUGCCGACAAAUAUACAGAGCUUUCUGAGAGACAGCACCAAGUCACAGAAAAAUUAGCCAAUAUGUAUGUCCAGUCCUCCUUAUACAGAGAAAUGAGAACUGAACUGGAUCCACUCUUGGGGGAACAGAGGGCAGGGAGGAUCUCAGCCUUGGAGGAGAUAACGUGUGUCACCCCUUUCUGGCAUCAGCUUGGGUGGAUUAUCUGUCGUUCAUUCAAACAUUUAAAGGAUUUUCGACAGGUCACUAUGAUUCAGGCAGUGAUCAUAUUCAUACUGGCUGUGCUUAUGGGCAUCGCUUUCCAUUUCCUAAGAAAUGAUUGUACUGAAGUCCAGACCAGAGCCAACCUGCUCUUCUUGCUCACAGUAUUCGAGUGUAUCAUAAGUGUGUCUACUGGGGAGCUCUUCAUAAUUGACAGGACUCGCUUUCUACAUGAGCAUACCAGUGGAUACUACAGAGUGUCACCAUAUUUCCUUGGGAAAUUGCUGGGUGAGCUGGUACCCAGGAGGUUAUUGCCAAGUACUAUAUUUACUGUUAUAGUAUUCAGCAUAGCAGGAGUGAAAACAGAUGUGAAGGGUUUCUUCACUAUGUUAUUUACCAUCAUGAUGUUGGCUUAUUCUGCCACUUCCCUAUCACUGUCUACAGGGGCAGGGGAGAAUACAGUAGCUAUACCAACAGCAUCUGUGGGCAUCUACUUUAUGUUCAUGCUGUUUUUCUCAGGUAUGUCACUAUAUUCAGGAAUCUCACUACCUGAACUUUCGUGGAUUCAGUACCUCAACAUUCCUCAUUAUGGAUUUACAGCUUUGCUGCACAAUGAAUUCCUGGGACAAAACUUCUGUACAGAACAUAACACAGCAGAAGUCAGUAGAUGUCAGAACUAUGUAAUAUGUACUGGUGAAGAAUUCUUGACGAUCCAGGGCAUCGAUCUCUCAUCAUGGGGCUUCUGGAAGAAUCACGUGGCCUUAUCUUGCAUAAUGAUUAUCUUUUUAUCAAUUACCUAUGUGAAGCUAUUAGCUCUUAAGAAAAAGAGACAUUUUUAAGUCACUCUUCCACUUUCUUUGAAUUAAUCUGACAUUUAAAAAAAAAUCAAAACUCUGCUGGUGGUCAUGUCAUAGGAGCAGCAGGUAGGACUUGAAUUCAGAAGUUUGGCCCACCAGAAUGCCAGGUACUGAUGGGUGAAUCUUGGAUAGGCAAAGCCCUGGGGGCUUUGGCUUCUGAAUGUCUCUUGCUAGUGCUGUGCCUUCAUGGGUUUGCUGCUGCCAUUCUUUUCUCUGGAAUGAAUUUUGUGAAUGGGGGUGGGGGAAUGCCUACUGCCUUUAAUGUUUAUGUUUAUCUUAUGGAAAUAUCCCAUCCUACUGGGCAUUUUUCCUAUGGAUUAUUAUGAAAAUGAUUUCCUCUUGACCUGUACUGUUUAACUGAAGUAAUGAUUUUAUACAAUAAUAGUGGUAGUUUAAAUAGAAUUUUGAUGAUGAAGGGUUUUUAACAAAUGUAGUAAGGUAUUACGAUAGAGGAUACUUUAGUGGGAAAAUUAUUAUAGGUAAAGUAGGAUAUAGUGUUGUCCCCACCCCUGAUAAAGCAGGGGCUGCAUAGGAUAGAAAAUAGGACCAAGGGAGUGUCAUCAGCUGGGACUUAGGAGUUUCUCUUGAGGAGCCUAUAGACUGUGGUUUAGGUGAAUGAUUAAAGAAAACAAUUGUGUCCGAGGAAUUGGCUCAUGAUCUUUUGGGUUUUGAGAUAUGUGUUCAUGGAUUUUGGAGUGCAUCAUAGAUAAAACAAAGCUUUAAAUAAUACUUCAUGUAACUAGAAAACAAAGAAUUGUAUGGUAAGUUAUGAUAAUUGGGUAGAACUCUAAAAUAUGAAAAGUGAAACUAGUUAUCUGUUUUCCUGGCAAUUAUAAAAACUACUGUCUGUGUUAGCAAUUAUGACUGAAAGGCUCCUGAUCUCUGAGAAUCCUAAAUGAUAAAUGUUGACCAGUAUAUGGGUACUUGGAGACAAUUUGUUUUUAACCUGUAAUGUGUAAAAUGUUUAAUCAUAUAAGGGAAAUGGGAAACAUGUUAUUUUUUUUUACUUGUAUUCAUUGUAAACAUUCACUUAAAAA